GUCUAAGAGCAAGAAGGAAAUUCCAAAAUAAAGCAUUCCUGAGGAAGAAGGAAGCAAAAAGAUUGGUCUUGCAUUCUGCUUUGGAGAAGUAGAAAUUGAUGAAAACAAAUUCUGUGGAGAAAUCAGAGAAACCAGGAGUCACAUUUGGGGCAUUUCAUCUUUACUCAUUUCAGAAAAGUACCAACAUGUAUACUGGAGAGAAAUUCUACAAGUGCCCUCAAUGUAGGAAAGCUUUUAAUAAAAGCUCAAAACUCAUUUUACAUCAGAGAAUUCAUGUUGGAGAAAACCCUUAUGAAUGCAAUGUCUGUGGGAAAGGUUUCCAUCAUAGGUCAAAACUUAACAUACAUCGGAGGGCACAUACUAGAAAAAAUCCUUAUCAAUGCAAUGACUGUGGGAAAAUGUUUAUUAAUGACUCAAAACUUAUUUUACAUCACAGGAUUCAUAUUGGUGAGAAGCCUUUUAAAUGUAAUGAUUGUGGGAAAAUCUUCAGUCAUAGGUCAAGACUUAUUAUACACCAGAGAAUUCAUACUGGUGAGAAGCCUUUUAAAUGUCAUGAUUGUGGGAAGGCCUUUAUUCGGAGUUCCACCCUCCUUAAACACCAGAGAAUUCAUACUGGUGAGAAGCCAUUUAAAUGUGAUGAUUGUGGGAAGGCCUUUAAUCAGAAUUCCAACCUCUCUGUUCACCAAAGAAUUCAUACUAGUGAGAGGCCAUUUCAAUGUAAUGAUUGUGGGAAGGCCUUUAAUCGGAAUUCCAACCUCCUUCAACACCAGAGAAUUCAUACUGGUGAGAAGCCAUUUCAAUGUCAUGAUUGUGGGAAGGCCUUUAAUUGGAGUUCCAGCCUCCUUCAACACCAGAGAAUUCAUACUGGUGAGAAGCCAUUUAAAUGUCAUGAUUGUGGGAAGGCCUUUAUUAAGUGUUCCCACCUCCUUCAACACCAGAGAAUUCAUACUGGUGAGAAGCCAUUUAAAUGUGAUGAUUGUGGGAAGGCCUUUAAUCAGAAUUCCAACCUCCUUCAACACCAGAGAAUUCAUACUGGUGAGAAGCCAUUUCAAUGUCAUGAUUGUGGGAAGGCCUUUAAUUGGAGUUCCAGCCUCCUUCAGCACCAGAGAAUUCAUACUGGUGAGAAGCCUUUUAAAUGUCAUGAUUGUGGGAAGGCCUUUAUUCGGAGUUCCACCCUCCUUCAACACCAGAGAAUUCAUACUGGUGAGAAGCCUUUUAAAUGUAAAGAUUGUGGGAAAGUCUUCAGUCAUAGGUCAAGACUUAUUAUACACCAGAGAAUUCAUACUGGUGAGAAGCCUUUUAAAUGUCAUGAUUGUGGGAAGGCCUUUAUUCGGAGUUCCACCCUCCUUAAACACCAGAGAAUUCAUACUGGUGAGAAGCCAUUUAAAUGUCAUGAUUGUGGGAAGGCCUUUAAUCAGAAUUCCAACCUCCUUCAACACCAGAGAAUUCAUACUGGUGAGAAGCCUUUUAAAUGUGAUGAUUGUGGGAAGGCCUUUAAUCAGAACUCCAACCUCCUUAAACACCAGAGAAUUCAUACUGGUGAGAAGCCAUUUCAAUGUAAUGAUUGUGGGAAGACCUUUAAUCAGAAUUCCAACCUCUCUGUUCACCAAAGAAUUCAUACUAGUGAGAGGCCAUUUCAAUGUAAUGAUUGUGGGAAGGCCUUUAAUCAGAAUUCCAACCUCCUUCAACACCAGAGAAUUCAUACUGGUGAGAAGCCAUUUCAAUGUCAUGAUUGUGGGAAGGCCUUUAAUUGGAGUUCCAGCCUCCUUCAACACCAGAGAAUUCAUACUGGUGAGAAGCCAUUUAAAUGUCAUGAUUGUGGGAAGGCCUUUAAUAAGUGUUCCCACCUCCUUCAACACCAGAGAAUUCAUACUGGUGAGAAGCCAUUUAAAUGUGAUGAUUGUGGGAAGGCCUUUAAUCAGAAUUCCAACCUCCUUCAACACCAGAGAAUUCAUACUGGUGAGAAGCCAUUUCAAUGUCAUGAUUGUGGGAAGGCCUUUAAUUGGAGUUCCAGCCUCCUUCAGCACCAGAGAAUUCAUACUGGUGAGAAGCCAUUUAAAUGUGAUGAUUGUGGGAAGGCCUUUAAUCAGAAUUCCACCCUCCUUCAACACCAGAGAAUUCAUACUGGUGAGAAGCCUUUUAAAUGUAAAGAUUGUGGGAAAGUCUUCAGUCAUAGGUCAAGACUUAUUAUACACCAGAGAAUUCAUACUGGUGAGAAGCCUUUUAAAUGUAAUGAUUGUGGGAAGGCCUUUAAUCAGAGUUCAAAUUUAAUUGUCCAUCAGAGAAUUCAUACUGGAAAGCUUAUUAAAAAAUCAUGAAUGUGGUAAAGAUUUCAAUAAGAGAACAAACUUCCUGGUACAUCAGAGAAUUCACAUUGGUGAGGAACCUUAUAAAUGUGAAGGCUGUGAGAAAGUCCUCAGUUUUCAGUCAUAUUUUCUUGACCAUCAGAGGGCCCAUAUUGGUGAGAAACUUCAGUAAUGUGAUGAAUAUGCCAAAGGGCUCUGUAAGCAUCUAGUAAUCAUUGAUCAUCUGAUCAUGUUAGAUAUAAACCUUUUACUUACUCUGCUUGUGAGAAUGUUUUGGUACAAAAUACAAAAUUUUCUACAUUAGAAAACUCAUUCUGAAAAAAAAAAAAAACAUUAGGUCCACAAGUUUCAUUUGGCUGUAUGAUAAUCAUGAAAUGUGUUUCUGUUAAGUAGCGCAAUAAUGAAUUCAAUUUUUUAUUUCAUUCUUUACCUCAUUUUUGACAAUCAGAUAAUAUAAUUUAUAUUUAUUAUUUUUAUUAAUAUAUUUUCUCCUCUCAUUUAUUCCUAGUUUUAUAUAGGAUUGAUAUUUAUCUUUAUAUAUUUCAAACAAGGUAAUGUUUUCUAGUUUGAAUGUCACUUCAUCUUGAUGUUAAUAUUGCAGUUUCUGUCAUA